CUAAUAAACAACAAUCAGUCAACAGUAAAACAAAAAAAGACCGCGAAAAAUGUCAGACGAUAAAAUAACUGAUUUACAGCUUCCUUUAUCGGUUGUUCAGCGUUUAAUUAAGGAGGCAAUCCCACCAAAUGCUAUAGCAAAGCAAGAAGCAAAAUUGGCGAUUGCAAGAGCAGCAAGCGUGUUCAUUCUUUUCCUUACAUCAUCUGCAACUGACAUCACAAGUGCUGCCAAUCAAAAAACAAUGAGUGCUAAUCAUGUUUUGACUGCUUUAAAGGACAUUGAAUUUGAAUCAUUUGUUCCCGAACUCGAGAAGGCACUAGAAAACUAUCGAAAUGUGAUGAAAAGUAAGAAAGAAAAGAAGCUCAAUGAUAAUUCUGCCAAUAAAGCAGCUGAAAAAGUAGACGAUGAAAAUAUAGAAGAUGAUGUGGAACUGAUUGAUGAUGAUUAAGUUAUUUAGUUUAAUUAAUUC